AGGUUAUUAUAGUUAUUUAGGUGGUCAAAAUGUAAAUAACUUGCGGGUUACAUUCUAAUGUCCUCAUAUGUCCUAUCCAUGUUGUCAUCUUUCUUGCCAAACCUUGUAUAUAGUCCGUGGCAAGUAAACCAACGCCUAAGAAGCUAAGUAUCCAUGACUACCAUGGCGUCCAUUAACGAAGCAUCUCUGGAUCUCUUACCCGAAGAUUGUGUGGUUCAAAUCCUUUCUCACGUCCCGCCCAGCCUCGCUUGCCGAUCGUCGUUGCUCUCCGCUGCUAUACGCGCCGCCGCUGAAUCGGAGCUGCUAUGGGAGACAUUCUUGCCGUCGGAUUAUCGAGACAUCAUAUGCAGAUUGGUUUCUCCCAUAAUGUUUCAGUCCAAGAAAGAGUUGUUUGUCAAGCUUCUCAGCCCUCUUCUCAUAGAUGGGGGCCACAAGACAUUUUGCAUUGAUAGAGAAAGCAGUAAAAAGUGUCUCACCUUGAGCGCCAGAGAGCUUUCAAUUGCCUUUGCUACAAAUGCCCUCUACUGGUGUUGGAAGCCCCUCUUGGGUUCUAGGUUCCCAGAAAUUGUUGAGCUUAUAAUGGUCUCUUGGUUGGAAAUAAAGGGAAACAUGAACACUCGAAUGUUGUCUCCUAAUACAACCUAUGGGGCCUAUUUUAUCUUCAAGUUGGCAGGCCGUGCAUUUGGCCUGGACACUUUACCAUCCGAAAUUUCAAUCAAAAUUGGAAAUCACCAAUCAGAUAGAAUCAUUUAUUUGCGUCAAAAUUCUUGCAACAAACAAGUAAUGGAACGACUUUUCAUGUUAAAUCGGGUUGAGACUUUAAGGUCGUCAAGGCUUUAUGAACAAGAAGAAUGUACGAUUCGUGAGCGAGAUGAUGGAUGGUUGGAGAUAGAAUUGGGCGAAUUUUACAAUGAUGGAAGUGAGAAGGAGGUUCAAAUGAGCUUUAGAGAGGUGAAGGGUGAGCAUCUAAAAGGAGGGCUCAUUGUUGAGGGGAUUGAACUCAGACCCAAGUAACACAUCAACAAUUAAUUGCUUCAUCAUCUCAUGUUUAAUUAUUAAAAAAAAAACAGACAAAAAGAGAUUGUAGAACAAAUUAAUUGUACGCCUUGCAUUGUUUCACUUAUUGAUUAAUAGAUCAAUUGAAUUUUGCAUUUCUAUUGAAUUGUAAUUAAGUUUCUUCCUCUUGGUGUCAAUUAUUGUUUAUUGGAAA